CUACUAUCUUCUCCUUCAUGUCUUCUCCUCUACAUUGACCAACUUUGUCCCUGGAUGUCACUGUGGCGCGGGGGUGUCGACGUUUAUGACCUCAUCAACGCUAUCUUCGCCUUGGAUACUUUUAGGUAUUUCCUUAUUGUCAAGUGAAUGAGCAUCCACAUAUGUGGCACGACAACUAGUUGCAGAAUCAGAAUCCGCUUGUGUCAAUUUUGUUGAGCGCGGUGUGAAUAAGCUUUCUGCAAACCACGAAUCUAGUGUAUGGGCCUCGAGGGCCUGUUCCAGCUCCAUUCACCAAAAUUAGGUAUAACGGGGAAGACUACCACCACCCGACCCGACUUUAAUUCUUCGCACAGCGUGGCCGGAACCAAACUCAAGUUAACUCCACUGCGGCCAACAUUUUGUCCACUUUCCCGUCCCUCCAACCUUCGCCUCAAACCCACUCCUGCGAACUCCCUGUGUGAAUCUCAACAUGGCGGAAAAGGUCUGUGUUAUCUGCGGUGACGAAGACACCGAAUAUGCUCCUUUUCAACAGAGCCCUUGCGAGCACCACUGGAUUUGUGGUUCUUGUCUGGAGGAGACAUUCCAACUGGCAUUGAGAGAUGAGAAGCACUACCCUCCCCAGUGUUGCAACAACCAAUCUGCGGUCUUCAUGAUCGACGAUUAUAUAGACGUCUUGCCGUUCGACCUGUUCUGGAACUACAAACUCAAGGAACAAGGCGAAUAUAGUGUGCAAUCAAGAUUCCGCGUUUACUGUGCCAACACUCAGUGCACAGAAUUCCUUCGUCCAGCUACCUACAAAACGGAAUCCAUUACCUACGCCAUUUGCGACACCUGCAAAGCGAUCACAUGCAUCACCUGCAAAUUUCUCAUUGACGACGACAUCGCCAAACACAAAUGCGAGAUUCCAGAGGCGGAAAGACAGUUCCAAAUUACUGUCAAAGAGAAUGGGUGGAAGGAAUGCUACAGUUGUGGCAAAUGGGUUGAACUGGCUGAGGCCUGUAAUCACAUGAUAUGCACAUGCGGAUCUAGCUUCUGCUACGUCUGCGGCAAGCCCUGGGAAGGCCAACAUGAAUGUCCGCAAUACGGCCAGGCUAAGUACGACGACGAGGGCUACAACCAGGAUGGUUUCCACAAAGAUACGGGUCUGAACCGCAAUGGGCGAACACGCCGCGAGCAGAUGAUCCAAGAUGGAGCGGGGUCUGAUGAUGGUGAUGAGUUCGAUUCAGACGACGACGGCGAGUUAGACCCGGAUACCCGCGCUCUCCUCGCGGCAUUGAAUGAUGAGGAUAGGGAUAUUGCGAUCCAGAUGGCCAGGUUUCAGCAGAUGGAGAACGAUGAAAGUGCAGGGUUGGAGGUGGAUGAAGGCGACCACCAGGAGGGAAGCGAGGACGAAGAUGAGGAGGAAAGCGAGGAAGACGAAGACGACGAAGACGAUCUCGAACCUUUCCCUGUUCCAGAGUCUGAGUCUGGUAGCUCCGUCAAUUCUACAAUGACAGUCUAUCCAGACUAUGUCCCGUCGCCCAAUCUCUCCGGUCUCUUUGAUGAUUUUGAAGAUGGCUCCAACAACUUUAUGGGUGGCUACCAAAACGGCGAUAACGGCACCAAUGUUAUGGAGGGCAUAUAUGAAACUGCGCUCUAUACCGGCACCAUGCCCGGCGCAUUCCCUCUAAGCGACAAUGAACAAGCAUACGACGCACACCACAUCGCCGCAGAUUCCGAGAUGAGCGAUAACGAGCCGGAAGAUCCGUAUCGAGACUAUUCGAAUCUCCGCAUGUACCAUCCACGGAAUGCCUAUGAUGGCGAGGACUUGUAGGUCCCUUGUCUUCGCUUUACUGCUCUGGUCUCAAUAUUUCCCCCUUUUCUUGUCUAAGUUUAAUGAGCUGGAUUGGACAGGUUUUCAGCGGCAAGGUAGGAGAAUGGGUGGGAUCGCCAAUGCUUUUAACUAGCGGU